AUGAACAACUCUGAUCAGCAUGUUUACCCUCCCCGGUUCCCUGUGACGCAGCACCAAAGUCAGCACCAGCUGCCAAGCUCGCAGGGACAUCCUCAAAUGCAGCAACAGCAGCAUUUGGCGUCUACGUGGAACCGCCAACCCCAUUACCAGCGCCAGCAGCCGAUACCUCUCCCGGCACCCACCUCGCACCCAGGCUAUCCCUCCUCGCAAAAUCAGCCCCAGCAGCCGUACCAUUACCAGCAGUUCCAGCAAAAGACCCAGGUGCAGGGCCAGUCUACAUGGCACAAUGCUGCAGGGUACAUUGUUGGAAACCAGCACGCGGCAAACUCCUACUCCAGGCACGCCACAAGCAGCCCACCGGCAACGGCUGUGCCUUCCUCCAACUGUGCGGCGGCGCUGACGUUGGCACAGCAGCGGGAGCGGAAGCAGCUCCCCCUAUUCACUACCAUCGAUGUCCGUACCAUCACUCCCAUGACGUCGGUGACUCCUCUAAUCAACAUUAUGUCUGGAGGCCACACCAACAUGACCAACAAGCAUACCACUGCCAAUAGCAUCAAAAGCGAGACAAUGUCUGUCAAGCGCCGGCGGAGAGCAAAUCAGGACUCAGAGUCGCCCAUGCUCAGUCUAGCGACAUCUGUCGUGCCAGAGAAUAUAAAGCGCACUGAGGAUAGUCCGUCUGUGGACGGACAGACCGAAGCUGAGGCUGCUCGCAUUCUUGAGGAACGUCGCCGCCGCAACGCGAGUGCCUCUGCUCGGUUCCGCAAGCGACGCAACGAGAGGGAGCGCGAGCUGGUCAACAGGUGCUUGUUUCUGGAGCAGCACCUGCUGCAGGCCAUGGGAAACAAAGCGUUUGAGGAAGUUAUGCGCAAGGCCCCAGCUGCUCCGCCAUCCAUCGAUGGCGUCCCGAUGCUGGCAUCGGGACGGCGCUCGAUCAUUUCAUCGUCGUCGCCCAAAUACGAGGACGAGGAUGCUGACGAGUGCGACGAAGACCAGGUGUCGACGGUGCACUCCUCGCCGACGGUCAGCGCCGGCAUCUCUGUCAGCGCUUUGACUGCGCCAGCUUCUGUGGAUGACGUCUGGUCAGCGUACUUGACGCUCAGCCAGAAGAUGGCCGGAGCCCUUCAGCGGAUUGAGAUGCUUGAAGACAACAAAAAGGAGAGCGCUUAA